CUGACGUUUAGUAUUUCAUUACUGUAGUUUUUUGUGAAAUUUUUAAAACAAAAAUCUUGGCCAAAAUGAGGAGCUACCUCUGCCAAAUGCGACCGGUUUUGUUCGUCUUUUAUUUCGUGGAGAUCUUGAUCAAUAUGUUCCUGAUGUAUUACCACCUUACUGGGUUUAUAUAUAUGAACCUGAACUUUCUGCCGCUGGCCGAUGAGCUUAGCCACUACUUCUACCUGACUUGCUUCUAUGUCUUCACCGUUCUGACCAUGUUCGCCAGCGUGAACCUGUGCACCGGGCAUAGGACUAGCAUCCUGGAGGAAGUGCUCCGGCCCAUGGUGGGGUUCGUCGUUUACACGUUCUGUUCCCUGCUGACACUGGCUGAUGCUGAAUCCGGAUUUUACAUAAUGUACUCCCGCAAGACCGAGCAGAAUCUUAAUUUGCCAGAAGCGCCACUGCAUCCGUAUCUGAAGCUCAUGCGAGGCCAGGCGGUGGCCACCUUGGUCUGCAGCGUAGUGUACUUACUCCAUGGUCUUAUCGCCUUGGAUGUCCUGCUGUCGAAUGAGGAUUCCGAUAGCGAACGAGACACUUCCUCCGAUCCUUCGGACGAUAUUCUAGCCGAGACGAACUAUGUGCCAGUGCACCUGUGUGUCCUUGGUGGAACUUUUCAGGAGUGGCUUGAGAACUUUGAGUGGUUUCGGGACUUUACCAGCCAUAGGAAUCCCACAGUUUAAUUAGACCUUAAUGGUAAUUUUAGUUGCCUACUUUCCGUAUAAAGAUUCCCAUAAUAUGUAGUAACCUGGAAAAUA